GCAGUUAAGAGAGCAGUGAAGAGGAAGAACCAGAAGAAGAAACAAACAACCAGAAGUUUUAACAUUACAGAGAAAACCUCCAUUUUUGUUUUUCUACAGCCUGUGGACUAAUCAAAUCCCGCGUUUAUGACUCCGGAAUGAUCGGUUAUCAUCAUCAUCAUCAUCAACAUGCCAUCACGACAACUAUCACAAACACCAACACCACCGUUUUUUGUACCGCCAGAAGACGUAGUAGUAGUACCAUCAACAGAAGCAACAACAACAGCAGCAACAGCGUCAAACAACCAGACCCCAACACUUCCUUAUAAUCAUCAUAAUCAUCAUCAUAAGUUUCCAUUGCCAGCAGUGUUGAUUACAAUCGCGAUGGUAUUUACAUUAUUAACAUUUUUAGCGAUUUUAUAUCGAAAAUUAUCUCGUAAAAGAACAGUCCCGACAUCAGAUCUAAACCCUAAACCACAGCGGUACUCGUACUCUGUACUUCGUCGUGCUACUGGAGCAUUUGCGGCUUCGAAUCGAUUAGGUCAAGGUGGAUUUGGUUCAGUGUAUAAGGGUGUGUUAACAAAUGGUCAAGAAAUUGCUGUGAAAUUAAUGGAUUCGAUUGGUUCGUUACAAGGAGAAAGAGAAUUUCAGAAUGAAUUGAGCAUAGCUGGUAAAAUUGAUUCGCAAUAUGUUGUUAAUUUGAUUGGAUUUUCUAGCGAUACGAAACGGAGAAGAAUGUUGUUAGUUUAUGAAUUGAUGAUUAAUAGGAGUUUACAAGAUGCAUUACUUGAUAGGAAAUGUGUUGAAUUGAUGGAAUGGAAAAAGAGAUUUUGUAUUGCUGUUGAUAUUGCUAAAGGACUUGAGUUUCUUCAUUAUCAAUGUGAUCCUGUUAUUAUUCAUGGUGAUAUUAAACCUAGUAAUAUUCUUCUUGAUAGUGAUUUUAAUGCAAAGAUUGCUGAUUUUGGUCUUGCUAGAUCUAAGAUUGAUGAUGCUUAUGGUGGUGGUGGUGGUGGUGGAGGAGGGGAUUUGGUUUCUGGAGUUUCUGAGGUUUCAGGGAUUGAAAUUGAAGAAGAAGUAGAAGAAGAGAGAAAAGUUUGUAAUAAUGAAUUGAAAAAGAAGAAAAUUGAAGGAGGAGGAGGAUCUGAGAUUUUAACUGAUAAUGGAUCUAUAAUUGAUGGAACUGAGAGUGUUUUGACUGGUUAUGAAGAAGUAGGUUUUGUGGAAGCAUCACCGGAGAGUUGUAUUAUUAGAGUUACGGAUGGUGUGGAAGCUGCGUCGUCUGAAAAUGUGAUUGUUUUGUCGCCUGAAGCAGUUACAGCAACAGAAGAAGCAUCACCGCCUUCGGAGAUUAUGGGGACGAGUAUAUCAGAAGGGAAUUUCGAUAGGCUUAGUAUGGAUAGUAGGAAAGAUUUGGUUGGUGAUGGGAAUAGGAAGAGUAGUAGUAGGAAGAAGAGUGGUACAGGGAAAGAUUGGUGGUGGAAACAAGAUGGUGGGUGUGGAUCGGAGUCUGGUGUGAAAGAUUAUGUAAUGGAAUGGAUAGGAACUGAAAUUAAGAAAGAAAGGCCUAAAAGCGAGUGGGUUACUACCGUAGGUGAAGAUAUGUGUAAAGCGAAUUGUAAACCGGAUAAAAAGAAACAGCAUAGGCGUCUUGAAUGGUGGGCGUCGUUAGAUGAAGAUAAGGUAAAGAAGAAGGAGAAAACUAGACCUGCUAGAGAGUGGUGGAGGGAAGAAUUUUGUGAGGAACUUAGUAAGAAAAAGAAGAAAAGGGAGUUGAAGUCUACUAGUAGUGGUGCAGGAGGAGGAGAUAAUUGGUGGCAGAGAGAGGAAGAUAUGAAUGUUGAUGUUAAAAAGAAGAAGAAAAGGAAUUGGAGUAGAGGUAGUAGAGGAAGUGUUGAUUGGUGGUUAGAUGGUUUGAGCGGGGAAAUUAAAUCUUUCGGAAGAAAUAGUCGAGAUUGGGUAAGUGGAGAAAUCCCUAAAAGUGGCGGAAUCAGUAGUACUCCGAGUAUGAGAGGCACGGUAUGCUACAUUGCUCCUGAAUAUGGUGGUGGUGGACAACUCUCUGAGAAAUGUGAUGUUUAUAGCUACGGAGUUCUUUUAUUAGUUCUUGUGUCUGGUCGUCGGCCAUUGCAAGUUACGGCUUCACCAAUGUCAGAAUUCGAACGUGCGAAUCUCAUUUCAUGGGCUCGACAUCUUGCCCAUAGUGGGAAGCUUCAGGAACUCUUUGAUCCAGCUAUUCAGUCGUUGGAUCGAGAACAGGCUCUUCUUUGUGUCACUGUUGCACUUCUCUGUUUGCAACGAUCGCCCUCUAAACGGCCCAAUAUUAGAGAAGUUGUUGGGAUGCUUACGGGAGAAUCAGAGGCUCCGCACUUGCCCUUCGAGUUUUCACCCUCACCGCCUUCUGGUUUCCCAUUUAAGUCACGGAAGAAACCUAGAGAUGCAAAUUCCAUUGGAAUGGAGAACUGUUAAAAAGGGUGCUGGAAGCCACUGUAGUUUUUUUCACUACAAGACUCGUCAACGAAACUAAGGUGUGUAUUUUUAAUUCUUUAGUUAUCACGAGUUGUUACAGUUGAGAACGGGUUAUGUACAACCUGGAUGUGUAUGCUACUGGAUGACCUUCAGGAUACUCAAAUUUAUUUGAUGGCAUACUUAAGGGAUUGUAACCCAUCCCAUCGUACCGCUGCCCCAUUCCCAAUGAAUCGAAUAUUCUGGUACACAACUAUCAUCCCAGUAUUUUGUUUCUUUGGUCUUUGGGAUCUUAGUCUGAUACUUGUUCACUUUAAUUGGAAUUGGAUUUGAUUCUGCACAGAUAUAGUUAGGAGGGAACAAUUCGAAAUGCUGUUACUGUUUGAAGCUCUACCUCUCAUUAUGCAAGAUCUAGAAUUUGACUCAGUAUCUACCUGAUUACCUGUGUAAAACGUAUUUACAAAUUGAAAUCACAAAAAGUUUGUAAAACUGACAGGCCUGUAUCUGAAUUGUGUAGGAAAAAAUUCU